AUGGCGGACAGAGACAGCGGCAGCGAGCAGGGCGGCGGCGGCGGGGGCGCGGCGGGCGCCGGGGGGCCGGGCUCGGGCGGCGGCGGCGGCGGCGGCGGCGGCGGCCCGGGCGGCGGCCUGCAGCACGAGACGCAGGAGCUGGCCUCCAAGCGGGUGGACAUCCAGAACAAGCGCUUCUACCUGGACGUCAAGCAGAACGCCAAGGGCCGCUUCCUCAAGAUCGCCGAGGUGGGGGCGGGCGGCAACAAGAGCCGCCUGACCCUCUCCAUGUCGGUGGCCGUCGAGUUCCGCGACUACCUGGGCGACUUCAUCGAGCACUACGCCCAGCUGGGGCCCAGCCAGCCCCCCGAGCUGGCGCAGGCGGCCGACGAGCCCCGGCGGGCGCUCAAGAGCGAGUUCCUGGUGCGGGAGAACCGCAAGUACUACAUGGAUCUGAAGGAGAACCAGCGCGGGCGCUUCCUCCGCGUCCGCCAGACCGUCAACCGCGGCCCGGGGCUGGGCUCCACGCAGGGCCAGACCAUCGCCCUGCCGGCCCAGGGCCUGAUCGAGUUCCGCGACGCCCUGGCCAAGCUCAUCGACGACUACGGGGUGGAGGAGGAGCCGGCCGAGCUGCCCGAGGGCACCUCCUUGACUGUGGACAACAAGCGCUUCUUCUUCGACGUGGGCUCCAACAAGUACGGCGUCUUCAUGCGGGUGAGCGAGGUGAAGCCCACCUACCGCAACUCCAUCACCGUCCCCUACAAGGUCUGGGCCAAGUUCGGCCACACCUUCUGCAAGUACUCGGACGAGAUGAAGAAGAUCCAGGAGAAGCAGCGGGACAAGCGCGCCGCCGCCGCCGCCGCCCCCCCCGCGGGCGCCGGGGCCGAGCCGCCCCCCGAGGCCGAGGCCGCCGCCGCUGCCGCCGCCGCCGCCGCCGGGCCGCCUGGCGCCCUGCUGCAGGCCGAGGAGCCCGAGGAGGACUGA